GCACAAGCAGCAGCAGCGGCAGGGGGUACUAUCAUUGGUGCCUAUCGCUUGGGAUCCACGCUCGGAGUUGGAACAUUCGGGAAAGUUAAACUGGGUCAUCAUCAAAAGACGGGAAAAAAAGUGGCGGUGAAGAUUAUUAACAAAGCGAAAAUGGAAGCAAUGGAUAUGCAUGAAAAGAUCCGAAGAGAAAUCAAAAUACUCCAAUCUCUCAGUCAUCCACACGUCAUUCGUUUAUAUGAACUUAUCGAUACUCCAACGGAUAUCUUUUUAGCCAUGGAAUACGUACAAGGAGGGGAGUUGUUUGAUCACGUCGUGCAGAGAACCCGCGUACCGGAAUAUGAAGCGCGUCAUUUUUUUCAGCAAAUUGUUUCGGGUGUGGACUACUGCCAUCGGCAUAUGGUGUGUCACCGUGACUUAAAACCAGAGAAUGUUCUUCUAGAUGAAGAGUUGAAUGUGAAAGUCGGCGAUUUCGGUCUAUCAAAUUUUUUGAGGGAUGGAGCUUUCCUAAAAACAUCGUGCGGAUCGCCAAAUUACGCUUCACCAGAAGUUGUGUCUGGAAAGUCAUAUGCAGGAACUGAAGUGGAUGUGUGGUCACUAGGUGUCAUUCUCUAUGCAUUGCUGUGUGGCUCUCUACCAUUCGAUGAUGAGCAUGUACCAAAUCUCUUCAAGAAAAUCCGUCAUGGAAAUUUUCUCUUACCAGGACACCUAUCGGAGCUCGCUCGCCAUUUAAUUAUACGCAUGCUGGUGGUGGAUCCUUCCCAACGCAUUACCAUCGCAGAAAUUAUGCAGCACCCGUGGUACAGACAUAACCUGCCCUCAUAUCUCUCUGAUAAUAGCUACUUAACAAAUUCAGCUUGUUAUUCGAAAAUGGACCCCUCGAUUAUUCUGCAAUUAAAGAAGCUCGGGUACGAUGUAAACGAGCGAGUCGUUCUGCGUGGUGGUGGUGGUGACGGGACCAGUUCAACGCAUGGCGUACUUCUACCGCCACGCACUUGGAUAGCGUACCAACUGCUGGCUGAUCAUCCAGACAAGAAGCCCUCGUUUUAUUAUCUUCUCUACUGCUACUACUGCUACAACUACAACUGUUUGGUGUAUUACCUUUACUACUACUACUACUCCUUGUAUCAUUACCACGUACAUUACCGUAACUACAACAACAACUACUGUUGA